ACAACACACGUGGGAUACAAAUGUCACGCUGACAAGAGUACAAGUUAGAAAAAGUUAGAAACAUAAGCAGAGCACGGGAAACGCAUUCGUUUCCCAUUUGUGUUGUAAGCUUCAAUUAAAUUGGCAUCUGAUUGAUCAUAAAUUAGUAACUAACCUUGGCAAGGCAAGCGAUUAAAUUCCAAAAUGAGUGACGACUACUUAAGGAAACCAUUUUCAUUAGCGCCCCCACCAACCGUCGACGAGCCACAGCCAACAGCAACCACAAACUACACACCGGCAACGAGCACAUUUAGCAGUGCUCCAGUCUCACCAUACCUCAACUAUGAUUCACGAUUCCUGCAGCAAGCGCAGCCAGAGUUCAUAUUUCCCGAGGGCGCCAACAAGCAGCGUGGACGUUUCGAGUUGGCUUUCUCGCAGAUCGGCACAUCUGUAAUGAUCGGUGGUGGCAUUGGUGGCCUGGCGGGCGUCUACAAUGGCAUUAAAGUUACUAACGCGCUCAAUCAGACGGGGAAGCUGCGUCGCACCCAAUUAAUUAAUCACGUCAUGAAGCAGGGCUCCGGUACGGCAAAUACCUUAGGCACGUUGGCUGUACUGUACUCGGCGUGUGGAGUGUUGUUGCAGUAUGUUCGUGAUCAGGACGACAAUGUAAAUACCAUAAUAGCCGGUUCUGCCACGGGACUACUCUACAAAUCAACAGCUGGCCUGCGAAAAUGUGCCCUGGGUGGUGCUAUUGGUUUAGGCAUAUCGUCGCUAUAUUGCCUAUACCUGCUGGCGCAAGAGAGCAACAACACAAACUCAAGUCCAAAAUUUCUGUAGGUGAGACGGCAUAGCUUUAAGUGUGAAACGCUAUAGCUUCUAACCAGCUGUGGCCAGUGGCUGUCAUACACUUGUGUGUGUGUAGUAGUCGCAUUGAUGCGCUUAACCGUCAAAUAUAUAGUUUUGUUUUAUAUUAUAAAUA